GUUGCAUAUUAGGGAGAUUAGACAGUCUGAUCCACGUGUGUGUAGGAAGUUGGGGUGGGGCAGAGGACAGGGAAGACUGGAGAAAAGGUUAGGUCAAGGCUAAAACCUCCAGCAGAUAAAGGGACUCAGUGAUGAGAUUAAAGCAAGACACUUGUAAUUUGCUUGGCUUUAGAGGCCCUGGCCUUCUGUUUGGGGUUCCUGCCACAACAGAACAGUACCACACCCAUGGGCUCCCUCUCCCGACUGGACCUUCAGAGAAGCCUCCAAACCCUCUCUGUUUUGCAGUGGAUCCCAGUCUAUGUUAUUUUAGGAGCUAUUCCUAUUUUCCUUAUACCCUACUUUCUGGUCUUCACAAAGUUCUGGAUGGUGUCCGUGCUUGCCUUAGCCUGGCUGGCCUAUGACUGGAACACCCACAGUCAAGGGGGUAGGCGUUCAGCUUGGGUACGAAACUGGACCCUCUGGAAGUAUUUCCAAAAUUACUUCCCAGUAAAGCUGGUGAAGACUUAUGACCUCUCUCCCAAACACAACUAUAUCAUUGCCAACCACCCCCAUGGCAUUCUCUCUUAUGGUGUCUUCAUCAACUUUGCCACCGAAGCCACUGGCUUUGCUCGGAUUUUCCCAGGCAUCACUCCUUAUGUAGGGACCUUGGAAGGGAUGUUCUGGAUCCCAAUUGUGCGAGAAUAUAUAAUGUCAAUGGGUGUGUGCCCAGUGAGUAAGUUGGCCUUGAAGUUUUUGCUGACCCAGAAAGGCUCAGGCAAUGCUGUGGUGGUUGUGGUGGGUGGAGCUGCUGAAGCCCUCUUGUGCCGGCCGAAAGCCUCUACCAUCUUACUUAAACAGCGUAAAGGUUUUGUGAAGCUGGCUCUGCAAACCGGAUCAUACCUUGUCCCAUCCUAUUCCUUUGGAGAGAAUGAGGUUUACAAUCAAGAGACCUUCCCUGAGGGCACGUGGAUAAGGCUCUUCCAAAAAACCUUCCAGGACACAUUCAAAAAAAUCAUCGGACUCAGCUUAUGUAUCUUCCAUGGCCAGGGCUUCACUCGAGGAUCCUGGGGCUUCCUGCCUUUCAAUCAGCCCAUUACCACUGUCGUUGGGGAGCCCCUGCCACUUCCCAGGAUUGAGAGGCCAAACAAGAAGACAGUGGACAAGUACCACGCACUCUACAUCAGUGCCCUGCGCAAGCUGUUUGACCGGCACAAAGUUCAGUAUGGCCUCUCUGAGACCCAGGAGCUGACGAUCUUAUAACAGGAGCUGGAUUCCCCCAUUACUAAAUCCCCAAAGCACGGAGGGAUCCAAGUAGGGUCACAUGGAGGGAAGAAUCUGGGGACUGGGGAGGAUCUCAGGGAUGAGUGAGGAGGCCAACCAAGCCAGAAAGUACUUCAUCAGGUUUAGGAGAAGCAACUGGAGGGACAGGGAAGACUGGGCAACAACUUAGCAAACAGAGUCAGAGAGUCCACAGAUCUUUUUUUGCCUCCUGACUCCAGCCAACUCUGAUCAGAGGAAUGAGAAGCCAAAGAACACCAUGCCCUUUUCUCCUGAGCCUUAAUGACACUAUCACUAAGCUGGGGCUUAGAAGCCUUGCUGAGAACAAGGGUGGUUUGUUUCCUCUUAGGCCCUUUCCGGACAACUUGGGGGCCACAACAAGGUAAACCAGGGACCUGAUUCAUGCUCUCCUGAUCAAGGCGGACAGGAUUCCCUCUGCUGUGAUACUGUUCCACACUGGCAAAAACUUUAUUUAAAAUAAUUAUGUUCUUCCCUUUCUAAAAAUAAAGCUUGAGCUAUGUAGCUCAGGAUACUA